UGCCCGGUACGCGGCGCUGGGCUUUCCGAGCCGCCCGCCUGCCGUGCCGCAGCCUCAUGUCCUCGCUCCCCGCCGGCACCGACAUCAAGAGGGCUUUGGACAACAGCCCCGAGACAAACAUCGAAGAUGAACUCCCCGACGGUCCGCCGCAACCGCGGCCGAAGAACUACCUGCUCCUCAGCAUCCUCGCUUGUUUCUGCCCCGCGUAUCCCAUCAACAUCGUAGCCUUCGUCUUCGCCGUCAUGGCUUUAAACAGUUAUAAUCAAGGAGACAUAGAAGGAUCAAGAAGACUGGGUCGCAAUGCACUGUGGGUUGCAGUUGCAUCAAUUAUCAUUGGCCUUGUCAUCAUCGGAAUCUACUGCGUAGUUCAUUUCACAACGGACAGCAAGCAUGCUAUCUGAAGACCAGGACUGCACUUGGAAUACAUCACCAUGUAAAUCUCAGGAGAGGAAAAGUAAGAAGAAAAGGAAACCCAUCUUCCCAGACUGUUAGAUUUGACCCUACAAGUCUGCAGAGGCAUGUCGCUGAUGGACGCAAUGAUAGCCCAGUCAGUAAAUCAGCAUGGUGUGACCAGGUUUUCCAAACUAUUUAUUUAUACAGAACCUCAGUAUAAAGAAGUGUUGAUGUUUGUUUUUUUUUUAAUUUUACCCUAAUUUAAUUUUACCCUUACCUUGCCCUAACAGCUCCCUUUUCUUUCUCACUUACAUGAAAUGUGUGCUGGGUCCAUGACGUUCCCUGGCUGAGCCAAGCCAAAGCCAACCUGUCUUGACUGUUUCUAGUGCACAGUGUAAGCUCUGAUGCACAGCCUGCUGGAGCUGGUGGAACUCCUGUCACCUUCAGUGGGUUUUGGAUCAGGCCAUGAAGGGUUUUUGUAUUCCUGUACAAUAGUCUCAACAUAACAAAAUCAGAACAACGGGUUGGUGGUUUAUCCCACGGUGUGAUUUUGUAAGGCUGUGGGUGUACUCUGACUUGGUGGCUGCUUUCUCCUGUCACCCCCAGCCUUUAUGUCUUUGCAUUGGGUUUUUCACCACCUGGGACCGAUUUCAAUCCCUUCAUUCUUAGAAGUUACUUUUGUUCCGUAACAUCCGUAUUUUUAUUGAUUUCCUCUUGUUUUGUUGUCCUUCCUUGCUGAACUCCCUUAACUCCGCUCCAGACCUGCACUAAAGUUGCACUGAUCACAUUUUCCUCUUUAAACUCCAUGUAUAUAAGAAGUUUUUCUUUUUUUAUCUCACAAAAGCUCUUUUUAAAUAGAUGUUCUCUCUCAUCCCUCUGUUCCUAUAGCAAGUCGCAUUGUUUCAUUGUGUUCUGCUUUGUUCCUGUCUUAUUUUUAAUUCACCCUCUCGUCUUGCUAUGAAUAGUCCAUAUAUCAGCACGGAGAUGGACAGACUUUUCUACACUCACUGAUUCACGUAGACUUGCUGAUCCUGAGUUUCCCCUCAGUGAACAGCCUUAGGCUGCACAAUGGAUGCCCUCUAAAUUACUGCAGUUUCUCAAUACCUUACGAAAAUGUAGAGCGGGACAACUAGUUUUAAUUAGCUGAAAACUGUUGGAAAGAAUGUAUUUCUUUUUAUCACCCAAAUAUGACGUGUUCAGAGGAGCGAGCUGCGAGCGUUGGCACAGAUGACAGCAUCUUUGGUGACUGUGGCUCCAUUUGCUUUGAUUGUUCCUACACCUUCCAGCAAGCGAUGCCAACUUACACUUACUCUCCUUGCAGUAACAUAAAUCUGGACUGAAUACCCAGAAAUGCAUGGGAGUUGUACAGGUGCACGUGAGCAAUGAAUCAUGCCUGGCAGUGGUACACCUAUUAUUCAAGAAAAAAAAGAAAAAAAAAAGAAAAAAAAAGUCUCCCAGCAAUCUGUACUUGUUAAAGCAUAUGCCUGGAAGCAGCAUGUAUUUUCUGUGCCUUGGUAUUGUGUUUUUAAUGUGCUUUUUUUCACUUUUCUUUCUGCCAGCUUCUGUUUUUCAUUGAAGUCAGUGAUGCGCAGCCUGUCCUUAAUUGCUCCAAUACAAAACUUCACUCUUAAUCAGUGGAAUGAGUUGAUUCCUUCAGCACUUACACUGAUAUAAUUUGUACGUGGCAGAAUGUGGCCACUGGUUGUGAUGACCCCAAGAAGUGGCUGUUCUGUGAACUUCUCUUUGUUUUUCUGAAUACUAUUUCAGUGGUCUGAUAACGUCUUGUGGGACUUUGAGUAGCUUGCCUUAUUAUCAGAUAUGAUACAACUGUCAUUGAGAAGUGGAAUAAAAUCACUUUUACUUCA